GUGAUUGAAACCAACCCUAAGCUCUUUUUAUCUCCGCCUUAAAGAUAGCCCCGAUUAUUGCUGACUUAAGCAUCGGAGUGUCUACCCCGAGUUCCACCUCGAGGUUUUGCAGGUUAUCUCGGAGUACAGGCGCGGACUGAAGAAUGACUUCUGGUUUGGUGCAAUUACAUAAUGUCGAGAACAAUGAUUGAGGUGAUGCUUAAUUGUCAUUAUGUCCGUAAAUAAUCAGUCUUGGUUUUAUGUUGGAAGAUAGAAUGUACUUAUGUUGUAUGUCUCUAAUGUCUUCAUCGAGCAAAGAAGUUGAGACUAGCAGGUUGAGAAAAACAAUUUUUUAUUUACCGACUCAGCCAGCUGCAACCUUAACUCGAGCUCCAACAGUUGGCACUUGCGUGGCUCAAGCUGGAAGGCCGACUACUAAGCUCAUCAGGAAAAGGGCUGAGGAUGAGUCUGCAGCUCAGAAAAGGCACAAGCUGGAGAAGCAGCAGCAGCAGGAGGCUCCUCAAUUUGUACCUCGUCCUCCCCCCGGUGGUUGUUGAUCUUGCUGUUAGGGAGGUUGGGGUUGUAA